AUGGAAGGUCUUCCUGUCGAGAUCCUCGAACAAAUCCCGUUCUCUAUCACUGAUCUUCGAUCGCUGUACCAUCUGGUCGUGGCUAGCCCGGCUGCUUCUCGCGUCUUUGGGUCCGCAGAGGCAGGGCCAAAAGCUCUUGACCAUGUUCUUGGCGAGUCGAUGGCACCCGAAGUAAUCACGUUGGUUAGCCUCGUCAGCCUGAUCCGCACUGCGUCCCUUGAAUAUCCGCCAGCACCGUCGGUCCGAGACUUUGUCGAGAAAUACACCCAAUGCCAUAAAGACCGAGAUCCGUCUCUCAUCUCAGCUGCCCCGAGCCUCGCGCACUUGCUCCGUGGUCAACCUCCCCACCUCAUCCGCGGUGUUCUCUUGACCGCGCGACGUAUCUGCUGCUUGACCUGGGCUUGUCUCGAAUAUUAUCGAAGUCAAUGGGCCUCCGUCACUCCAUGCCACCUUGAGAACGGGCCUUUCGCUUGGGGCGCCCGCGACAAAGCAUGGCGCGAGAACCCUCAAGGGCGGCCGUACACUCCACAGCCCCUCAGCCCACCUUGCUGGAUGGAGGAGCAGCGCGUCAUGCGCGGAUUCUGGAGACUGCAGCUGCUCCUCGACCUGAAGCUUGCAACCUCGGCAGACCGUCUGGACUGGGCUUUAAAGAACAGCCACGAAGGGUUAUCUCCUGAUGUUCUCUUUGCAGGCUGGACCUGGCAAAAAGAGGAGUUUCUCACCGUCGUAGACUUCGUCGAUCAUAUCCAAGGCGGCUCGAUUCUCUCGCAAAGAUCCCGAAGCCUCCCGGCACCUUCCCAAACUUACGCGUCCUCACGGAGGUGGCAGGAACCGGCCUAUCCGGGAGUGGUGGAUCCCAGAUGGCCACGAGAGGUACUUUCCAAAGACCAGCCACCGUGUUGGAUGAUCUACAUUGUCAAACUAUUGAAGCAUCCGUAUUCACCCAUCCGCGGAGUUCCAUUUUGGCCGUACCGUAAAUUAGGACUGGCUAUUUGGCAACAAGACAAGCUAGAAGCAUUAGAGCUAUCGUUCACGAGUUAUGCUUCCCGGGGAAUUGGCCGGCCUACGUCGCGAGGCGACAUAGUGUUUACCUGGAGAAGCCUUCUGAGUCAAGAUCUCAUAGCUGAACUUCAGGCGAGCAUGGAGGCUGACUUCCAACAAAACGGCUUCUUGCUCAACCGGAGUAAUCCGAAUAUGUGA